AUGGCGCCCGCGUCGACGACGACGACGACGACGACGACGACGACGACGACGACGACGACGACGACGACGACGACGACGCGAACGCCCAGGCUCGUCCGUCGAUGCCCGGCGCGCGCGCGGGACGACGCGCUUGCGCGCGCGGAGUGCGUCGUCGCGCUCGGUGUGCCGGCGCGCGCGACCUCGACCGUGAUCGCGUCGCUCAAAACGUGCCCGCCGCUCCCGGAAGAACUGGCGCACGUGAAGCGGGCGCGGAAGUCCGCGGGAGGCGAUGGAGGGACCACGGACGUCGUGCUCAAGGCGCGGACGAUGGGAGGGGGGGCGAGCGCGCUGGAGGACGCGCGCGGGUGCGAGGCGACGCGGACGGCGGUUCUGGAGCGACACGCGGACGUCGUGCGGGAAGUGGCGUUCGUGAGCGUGCCGAAAGAAGCGCCGAGCGAUCGGGAGGAGUGGAAAGCGGCGUGCGAGGUGUGGCCGGUGAGUUUGAUGACGUCGACGGAACGCGAGGCGGAGACGGUUACGGAACGUGAGGCGGCGUACUUUUGGAAGUGGACGAAAAGGGCGUGCGCGAGCGCGCCGGUGAACGCGAACGGGGGGUGUGGAAACUGUGCGAUCAUCGUCGAUCCGUCGCGAGACGAAGAAGUGGCGCGAGGGGUGGAUGAAUCCAGGGCGCACCCUCUGCGACACGCCGCGAUGUGCGCGGUGGACCUCGCGGCAAAGCUCGACGUGGAGAAGUAUCCGGAGAAGGAACACGUUGAGGCGUUCGUCGAGGCGAGGCGCGUAGAGAAGCUCGAACGCGAUAGAGAGCGCGCGGAAUUCGGCGAUGAUAAGAAGCGCAAACGCGAGAAAGCGAGCGGAGCGGCAGUCAUCGAAUUCAUGGGUCGUCCGUACCUGUGCACGGGAUACGACGUGUUCCUAGCGCGGGAGCCGUGCGUGAUGUGUGCGAUGGCACUCGUGCACUCUCGACUUAAGCGUGUGAUUUUUGCCGCGCCCGACGACGUGAAUGGCGCGCUCAACGGACCGUCGGGCUCGCGCCGACUUCACGGCGUGCAGAGCUUGAAUCAUCAUUAUUUAGUGUACUCGUUCGAUCUCAACGAGGAUGAUUUGCGCGCGAUUCGCGAAGAAAGUAAUUAG